CUUGGCAAGAUCUUUAGAUGGUGAGGAGAGGGAGUGGAGGUGUGGACCGUGAGAAUGUAUGACUGACUCAAUCAAAGAAGAAUAUUUACACAGACCUUGGUAGGACAUGAAGAAAGCUAAGUGCCAGUCUGGAGGCCCUUAAAUAUCUGGUGUGGACUUCAGAGAAAGAAGCGUGUUACAAUCCUGCAUACAAUGACCAGGCUCUUCAGGGCAUUUCAAAGAGUCAGAUGGCGUUUAGGUUCUUUGCCCACAAGGUGGAGCACGAAAGCAAGACCCACAAUGGGCGGAGCUUCCAGAGGACUGGGACGCUGGCCUUUGAGCGGGUCUACACUGCCAACCAGAACUGUGUGGAUGCCUACCCCACCUUCCUCGUCAUGCUCUGGAGCGCCGGGCUUCUCUGCAGCCAAGUUCCUGCUGCCUUUGCUGGACUGAUGUACCUAUUCGUGAGGCAGAAGUACUUUGUUGGCUACCUCGGGGAGAGAACUCAGAGCACGCCUGGUUACAUAUUUGGGAAACGCAUUAUCCUGUUCCUAUUUGCCAUGUCCCUCGCUGGGAUACUCAACUAUUUCUUCAUCGCCUUUUUCGGAAGUGACUUUGAAAACUACAUCAAGACCGUCACCACCACCAUCUCCCCUCUCCUUCUCAUCCCUUGACUCUCUGCUGAAUUGCGGGUGGUGUGCUCAGCUAAUCGAUACCUAGAAGCCAUUUAAAAGAAGCUGUAAAUCUAAUGACCUGCUGGGCUUUGCAACUUGAGUGAACCUCGCUUUUCCUGGAAGAGGAAAUUUUCACAUCAGCCUCACCCUCUGAACAAGGCCGAGGCCCCACAUUUGCAAAUUCAGAUCCCUUCUGUGUGUUUCGUGACUUAUCCUGCUUUCUGAAGACGUUUUGUGACCCAGUUUAUGUUUUCCUAAAAUAAAAUGCAGACAUAUGUUU